GGUAACUCUGUUAUACAAAAAUAAUUUAGGAUGUCAACACAAAUAAGCUCAGCUGAAUUGCAGAUUCUGAAGAAAAAAGUAUUUCAGGCAGCUAGAGAUGGAAGAGCCAUUAGCAUUUUUGCGAUGUUAUGGAAUCUUGAUCGUGAGAGCAUUGUCAAAGAGGUACUAAGUCAUCUAACAGAAGAGAAUGGUCAGAUCACAACACCACUGAUCAUUGCAGCGAGAAAUGGUGAAGAGAAAGUUGUUCAAGUGUUGCUUAGCAACUUCGAUGCAGACAUUGAACAGACAGGUACAGUGCGGUUUGAUGGGUACGCUAUUGAAGGAGCAACCCCGCUUUGGUGUGCUGCCGGAGCAGGUCACUACAACAUUAUCAAAAUGCUCAUUGAGCAUGGAGCAGAUGUAAAUCAUUCAACUGUCACUAAUUCGACACCUCUCAGAGCCGCAUGCUUUGAUGGAAGGCUAGAUAUUGUGAAGUUUCUUCUGGAACAUGGUGCUGAUUUGUCUAUUGCAAACAAGUUCAAGAACACAUGUUUGAUGAUAGCAAGCUAUAAGGGUCAUAAAAAUGUGGUUGAAGUUUUACUGGAGAAGAGGGCAGAUGCAGAUGCAAGGGCUCAUUGUGGGGCCACAGCUCUUCAUUUCUCCGCAGAAUGUGGACAUGUGGAUAUAGUUGAAGUUCUCAUGAAUAGUGGAGCCAGUAUCUUGAAAAAUGACAAAGAGAUGACGCCAUUACUUGUGGCUGCAGAAUGUGUACAGGCAGAAGUUGUUGAAUAUUUGAUCUCGUUACAAAGAUGCAGUAAAAUAGACAAAAUCAAUGCCCUAGAACUGCUUGGAGCCUCUUUUGCCAAUGACAAAGAACAGUAUGAUAUUGAAAAAGCAUAUAAGUAUUUACGUCAAGGCAUCGUAGAAAGGUUUAAAGAUCCAAACAAUAUAAUCAGAAAAGUCUUAGACGAUCCUGUUCCCGCAUAUAAUAAUAAAGUAGAAUGUAAAACUUUACAAGAGAUUGAUGCAAUAAAAAAUAACCAUUCAGCUUUACAUAUGGAAGGACUUGCAAUACGUGAGAGGAUUCUUGGCAAAGAUAAUCCAGAAGUUCCACACCCUGUUAUUUUUAGGGGAGCAGUGUUUGCUGAUGGAGCGAGGUUUGAAAGAUGUAUUGAGCUGUGGCUUCAUGCAAUGCAGCUACGACAAAACAAACGUAGGUCAGUUUCAAAGGAUUUGCUCCGGUUUGCACAGGUUUUCUCUCAAAUGGUUCAUCUUGGUGUAAAUCCUGACUUUAAAUCAGUCCGCGAAGUGUUUGUACGUGGCACAGCCGAGUUGAUCUAUGAUGUGAAACGUAGAGAGGAAAAUCCCAGUGAUUAUGAUAACCUACAGGAGGUAUAUGAAGAAAAUGUUCACACGUUACUCUAUCUCAUAGUGAUCAUACUGAAACUGAAAAUUCCCGAUAUUGAAAAAGAAGAUCUUUACAGAUGCGUGUAUCGAUUUCUACAACAAAAGCCUGAGCUACGGAAUGGUUACACAUUGUUGCAUAUGGUAACAGACAGUGCUACGAUUGUAGAUGACUUCCAUGUGAAUGAUAUCGUCACAUUCCCAAAUGGUCCAUUGUGUAAACUGCUUAUUGACUGUGGAGCUGAAGUAAAUGCACAGGACAAACUUGGGAACACACCGCUACACAUAAUAGUGCAAUAUGCUAACCCAAUUAGCGAUUUUGAAAAUCUACACCAGUCGAUGAUCUCGUUGAUAAAGGCUGGUGCUCAUCUUGAUAUAUGUAAUCGAGAUCACAAAACAGCCAUGGAUGUCUCGACUACCGGUGUUGCUGAGGUCAUAAUCAAAACAAAUAAUACAGUAUCGCUGAAAUGUCUGGCUUCAAAAUCAGUCAGAAAACACAACAUCCCAUUUAAAGGCUUAGUUCCUAUGGGUCUUGAAGACUUUAUCAAAUGGCACUGACAUUAUUUUGCAAAUUGUGAGAAAAAAAUCAAAUGUGCUAAACUGCUGUGAUUCUUGUUGCUUCAUAGAAUUGAAAUGUGAUAGGGCCAGAGACGUAUCUUUAUUGUACAUGGUUGUUUUUGUUAAAAUAGGUAUUGAUAGUAGUUAUUGAAUUGUUCCUUUUUGGAGAUGGAUAUAUGCAGAAUCGAUGUUUCAGUACUGCCAACCCAACAUCAAGGGCACGACUGCAGGUCAUAUGUUUGAGCCUAGGAUUUUGUGUCCAGUCCACUUGAAGACUAUUUAUUAACCUUAGGUGGAAUAUUCAACUCAUCAGAACAGUGUGCAUAAGCCAUGUUUCAAUUUGACAACCAUCUAGGUCAAAACUGAAGGUCAGACAAUAUGAGCAUGCUUUAUCAUUACACAACUUACUUGAAUUUUCUACCUCAUAAUGUUAAUAGAAUCAAGUAAUGUAUCUGCAAGUAAAAGUUUUUAACCACUUGGACCAAAGCCUGACGUCAUUCAACUUUGACAGGAGAUACCUCUUCAUCAGACAUGCUUUGUUUUAUGGCUUUGUGAAUAUUGUCUAAUGUGAAUGUAUUGCUCAGUUUAUAGACUGCUUCCAUGAACUUCCUUAAGUUUAGAUUUGUACAUUUUGAUUUUGGAACAUUUAUUUCCACAAGUAUUUUUGAAAGACAGUAUUUUAUCUUGCUGACAGAAGAGUAUAUUAAUUACUUCUUUAGGUCUUUUAACCAUUUAUUUGUGGUUAAUACUUUACAUGUAUUUACUACAUACAUGAGUAUCAGCUGUGACAUAGAUUGAUAGAUUUUGAAUACAUAUGAAUUUAAUGACAAAAUGAAUGCAAUUUUAUAUCAAACUAUUUAGAGACAUGUAAUUUAGUUAAAGGGAAAUCUUCAAAUUUAUUUCUCUAAUCAGAAUUUUGGAAUGAUGUAGAAGUUUUUAAUUAUGUGAAUUAUGAUUAUUUGUUUGCUUACUUUGUCUGUUGAUAUGUUCAUCUUGCUUUGAUAAUGUCAGUGUCUAUCUAAGGGAUGUAAAAAGAGUACAUUCUUGUUCAGCAAACAAUUACAUUAUUUUACUGAGUUGUAAAAGGCAAUAAUAAAGGUUGGCACUAUUUACUGAAAGACUGACUAUUAUCUUUUUAUGAAUUUUAUUACUGUACAAGGUCGGAUGUUAAGAUGACCAUUGGUGAAGGGUUCCCCUAUUCCAUGCAAGGUUGUAGAAAAUGGUAUAUUUCACUGAAUUUCAUUUAGGAGUAGGCCACUUGUGGAUUUAACAAGACAAAUUUGUUGCAUUAUAUUUAAAAGUUGUGUGUAAUGUUGUACAGUUUAGGUGUCAAGUCUCUAGCUCACCAGAGCACGAAGUGCUCAAGGUGAGCUAUUGUGACCGGUCAUUGUUCGGCCUACGUCGUCGUGCAUCAACAUUUGCCUUGAUAACACUAGAGGCCACAGUUGUGACCCAAUCUUUAUGAAAAUUGGUCAGAAUGUUUGUCUUGAUGAUCUCUAGGUCUUAUGUGGUCAAAAACUAGGUUAGUUGGCCAGAUCAAUUGAAAAUCUUAACACUAUAGAGUUCACAGUUUAAGUUUGAAACUCAUGAGAAUUAGUCAGAAUGUUUGUCUUGAUGACCUCUGGGUCAGAUUCGAAUCUGGAUCAUGUGGGAUCAAAAACUAGGUUACCCGGUCAAAUCAAAGAAAAAGCUUGUUAACACUCUAGAAGCCACAGUUGUAACCCAGUCUUUAUGAAACUUAGUCAGAAUGUUUGUACAGAUGAUCUUUAGGUCAAGUUGAAACUGGGUCAUGUGUGUCAAAAGCUAGGUCAGUAGGCCAGAUAAACUCUGAUGAGCGAUAUAGGGCCAUUAAGGCCCUCUUGUUAUUGAACAAGCCUUUUACAGUACUUCUUAUUCAAAUGUUGAUCUAUUUGAAUGCAGUGUAUCAGAGUAAGUUGUAUUUUUUCCAGUAAGAAAAUUUAAAAUUAUCCAUAUUUCUGUAUCAGCAAUAUGUCAACAUAUCAGUAUGAAUUGUUUACAUGACUGAAAAACUAUACAUAUGGCAUCCUUCUUUUCAUGUUUUUCUACGCUGAAGCAGACUUUUCUUACACCCUUUCCCCACUAGUACACCAGUUGCUUUCCAUUCAGUAACGGGUCAGUGUGACCCUGUGCAUGUCUUACUUUACUGGAUGGUUGUCUGUGGUCAGUAGAUGAUCCAUAGUGGUUUGGAGGGUUCAAUAGGUGAGUUGUCAACUUCUUCACAACUUUGAGAAGAUUUUGACCGGGGAUGAUUGACUGUGGUCAGUUGAUGACUUGUUUUGUAUUAGGGUAAGUCAAAGGUCAAAGUCCAAGUUGUAUCCAAUAAUUAACUUGAGAACUAUAGGCCUACACCUGUAGUUUUCACAUACAUUCAAACCCAGUUCACUCGAAUUAGGAUAAUCAGUAUGCCACCCUUUGCUCGAAUUUAUUGUCAGGUCAUGGCAAAAUAUCUAUAUAAUGUAUAUUUUUUGAUGGCUCGAACUACAGAUAACUCAAACAAAUUUUACUUGGGAUGUCCAGUUCUAGUGAACGAGGUUUGACUGUAAUGAUAGCUUGUAGGGGAAUGCCUAAGCCUAUUGUCAUUAAACUAAAUAUAUUUGAAUACAGAAUAAAUGUCAGACAACAACUGCCAGAGACUGAGUCAUAUGCAAAUUUCAUCUUUUUAAAUUUUACUUUUGAGCUCACCUGUCAGGUAGUGACAGGGUGAGCGUUUGUGAUCGUUCAUCAUCCGUCCGUCGUCCGUUCACAAUUUCUUGUGAAUAGAGACCACAUUUUACAACCGAUUUUAAUCAAACUUGCACACAACUUGUAUUGGCGUAAUAUCUCGUUCCUUUCAAAAACUGGCUAGAUCCCGUCAUGGGUUCUAGAGUUAUGGCCCCUUAAAGGGCCAAAAUAUGCUAUUUUUGGCUUGUGAACAUGAUAGAGACCACAUAUUUUGCAAUUGAUUUUAAUAAAACUUGCACACAAUUUCUAUUGGCAUAAUAUCUUGGUUCCUUUCGAAAACGGGUGAGAUUCAAUUAUGGGUUCCAGAGUUAUGCCUCCUUAAAGGGCCAGAAUUUGCUAUUUUUGCUUGUGAACAAGAUAAGAGACCACAUUUUGUGAUUGAUUUUUAUAGAACUUGCAUGCAACUUGUAUUGGCAUAAUAUCUUGGUUACUUUCGAAAACUGGCCAGAUUUAAUCAUGUGUGCCAGGGUUAUGGCCCCUUAAAAGACCAUAAUUACUUUGCUAUUUUGGCUUUUGCAGCCAUAUACAGACUUCAUUUAUGAUUUGAUACAAACUUGCAAAAUAUCUUUAACAACAAUUGAUCUGGAUUCCAUUUUCUGUAUUAGCACUUUCAGCCAUAUAGAGGUUUCAUUUAUGCUUUGAUUUAAUACAAACUUGCACAGAAUGUUUAUCAUGAUGAAACUGGGCCAUAUGGGUUAAAAACUAGGUAACCAGGUCAAAUCAAAGGGAAAUCUUGUUAACACCCUAGUGGCCACAUUUAUGAUCCUAUCUUCAUGAAAUUUGAUCAGAAUGUUCAUCUUGAUGAUUCCUAGGCCAAAGUAGAAACUGGGUCAUGUGGGCUCAAAAACUAGGUCACCCUCUUAAAUCAAAGGAAGUGCUAAAAGCAGCUUGUUAACAUUCUAAAGGCCAUAUUUAUGACCCUAUCUUCAUGAAACUUGGUCAGAGUGUUUAUCUUGAUGAUUCCUAUGCCAAGUUCAAAACUGGGUCAUAUAGGGUCAAAAACUAGGUCACCCAGUCAAAUGAAAGGAAAAGCUUGUUAACACUCGAGGCCACAUUUAUGACCCAAUCUUAAUGAAACUUAGAAUGUUCAGCUUGAUUAUUUCUUGGCCAAGUCAGAAACUGGGUCAUGUGGGGUCAAAAACUAGGUCACCCGCUUAAAUUAAAGGAAAUGCUUGUUAACAUUCUAGAGGUGAUACAUUUGACCAUAUCUUCAUAAUACUUGGUAAGAAUAUCUAUCUUUGUGAUUCCUUUGCCAAGUCCGAAACUGGGUCAUGUGGGGUCAAAAACUAGGCCACCACUCAGAUCAAAGGAACAGUUUGUUACCACUGUAGAGGCCACAUUUAUGACCCUGUCUUCAAGAAACUUAAUCAGAAUGUUUAUCUUGAUGAUUCCAAGGCCAAGUUUAACAGGUGAGUGAUAUAGGUUCAUCAUGACCCUCUUGUUGUAUUUUUCUUUUCAGUAUUAACCUUGAAAUCUAACAAAUAGACAUUUUCUCUGAAUUUCUGUAUAAAAACUAAAAUGGUUUCUAUAUAAAACUAAAGUGUUUUUUUUUUAAAUAGUUCUUGAAAUGUUACAAAUGAGAAGUGUUGUUUGGAGAAAAAGAUUUUCUUCUAUGUUCGGACUUUAUUGCUUUGUGGCUGUUUCAUGUAGUUAACUGCUGCUCACCAAAUUCAUAUUAUUUUAGAUCUUUCAUCACAUAGGACCAUGUUUUGUUGUUUCAAUAAAGUAUUUAUUAUAAUUAUACUUGUACAUGAUAACUUUCUGCUGCAUUUGUAUAACUUGUGUUGUUGCUUAACUUUGAGAUUAAAUCAGUUAGAAAUUCAA